AUGAUCACUGCUCGUGACAGAGCAAAAGCGGCUCUUGUUAGAGCGUCGCAACCGCCUUUUCGACUGCUCGACUUGCCGGUUGAGAUUGUGGGUGGCAUCUUCGAUUAUCUUAAGGAUGAAGAACUUAUCGGUCUACGCUGCGUAUGUCGCGCGCUCAACGCCAAUUCAGCAAAUGCCUUUGGACGACGCUUUUUCCGUCACCUCGUUGUCAUCCUGCACCCUACCAGUCUUACCAUACUAUUCGACAUCUGCCAUCACCCUGUAUUAUCCAAGUAUGUCCGCCAGAUCACCGUGAGCGGCGAACGCGUUGGGCACAGCAUAUAUGAGGCCAAAGAAGAGAAACCCCAGAAAGAUCUCCAAGCCAGUGUUCAGCGCUCCGGCAUGGAUUCGUUCAUUCUCAAACAGGUAUUCCGCGAGCUUGAAAACCUGAAGAUUAUUCAGAUCGAUACGAUUAGUUUCUAUUAUCACGAUCCCGAGCCCGGCGAUGCCGGGCUGGGUUUUCAAUUCUGGAACACAGAGUAUUCCAACGACGACGUGAUCACAUUCUUUGAUCUCGACUCCGCAGUCUGGAAAGACCACUUCUCAAAACAAGUACGUCAGGUUUCAGCCCUCGGCCAAGUCAGUCAUGCAUGGCUUCAAAAAUUGCUCAGCACAGCUUCAGAUUUGCGCAAGUUCGAGUUCCAAGGCGAUUAUACUUUCUUAGAGCUAUCUUACCAGCCAGCUGGAUCAUUCCAAUUCCACUGGCCUGGCUUCUCGCAUGUUGAUCUCACAGAUGUGUUUAUUUCGCACAAUGAGUGGACGGACUUCCUUCGCCUGCACGCUGCGACUUUGAAACAUAUAUCAUGCUCAUCCAUAGGCUUUCCUCAAGGGAAUUGGAUCGAACCACUACAGAUCAUCGAGACAAUGCCCAGGAUCGAGUACCUAUGGCUCUUCAGACUUCUCGAGAAAGCGCCCUACCCACACUCACCAAUGACUGUGAGACGCUGGAGCCCGGACGACGAUGGGGUCUUGCGGCUCUUCGACCCGGAGCUAGUGGAGCUUGCUCUCAGUGCCAUGCGCAGCCAGCCUAGGACAGCGUUCAUUGGCCGUAGCGUUAAGAGUGAAGCAGGCAGAGUAUAUCUCCACAGGGUCGCAUUUGAUGUUGGUGAAGCGGCACUGGAAGGAGAUAUCGUCUAUCGAGAUGGUGAUUGGGUGUUUGCUGAAGUAUCGGCAGACCUCUGA